AUGGAGGGUCUUCGUGGGCUGUCGGCCGAGGUGUCUUCUUCGCUCCCUACGACAAUGGCGCAACGAUCUCGCCAGCUCUUGGUCGAGGUGUACAACCGCCUGGUCACGGACCAAGGCGCCCUCAAGUCUCUCGUUGCUUCUGAGAAACCGCUCCGCGCUUUUGCUCACGAGCUUGCCUCGCUCUCCUCCUCACCCACGUCAGUAUUGGGUACCUCGGACGCCGAGAUCAAGACCACGGAUGAGUGGCUCGAUCAGGUUGAGGGCAUGAAUGGCAGUCUUGAGACGCUCGACAAGAAGCUUGAAUCGCGCACUUUCUUGAGCAGCAACUCGCCGACGGCGGCGGACUACUCGCUCUUUGCAUCGCUCUACGAUGUGGUAUCGACGCUGCCGGCUGCCGCACAGCAUGCGCACCCUUCUCUCGUGCGCUAUUUCUCACACAUGUCCCACCUUACCGCAGGUGCGAAACUUGACCCGCCUGUGACGGCUUUUGAUCCGGAAUUCAAUGGCUUCCCGAAGAUCGAACGCAAAGCUGAACCCAAGAAGGAGAAGAAGGAAAAGAAAGAGGCCACGGACAAGCCAGCCGAGGGUGCUGCGGCUGCUGCUGGCAAUGCCCAGCCCAAGAAAGAGAAGAAAGAAAAGAAGGAGAAGAAGGAGAAGCCUGCUGCUGCUCCUGAGACGGGCCCUCAGCCGAGCAUGGUGGACCUGCGUGUCGGCAAGAUUGUGUCCGUGGAACGUCAUCCUGAUGCAGAUGCGCUGUACCUCGAAAAAGUUGACUUCGGCGAGCCGGAUGGUCCCCGGACUAUUCUCUCGGGUCUCGUCCACUUUGUUCCGAUUGAGCAGAUGCGCGACCGCUGGGUCGUCGGUGUAUGCAACCUGAAGCCUGUGGCUAUGCGUGGCAUCAAGAGCUACGGUAUGCUGUUGUGUGCCACGGCCGCUGGCGGCAAGGAUGGCGGUGUGGAGCCCGUGUCUCCGCCGGCCGGAAGUGGGCUCGGAGACCGUAUUUACGUGGAUGGCUACGAAAAUAUGGAGCCGCUGGAGCAGUUGAACCCGAAGAAGAAGAUUUUUGAAACAAUCCAGCCCAACUACCAGACCACUGAUGCGAAAGAAUGUGCAUGGUUUGGCCCAGGUCCCAAUGAGCCCGAAGGUGAGAAGCGCGCCCGCGUGCUGCGUACAUCUCGUGGUCCAUGCACUGCGCCCUUUGCGGGGGCGACGCUGUCCUAA